ACAGUUGCGAACACAAUAUACCCAUGUAUUGUGCAAUUACCGGGUACACAAAUAUCAAAGAGUCGCUGAGCCUGAAAUGAGAAAUAUGCCAAACACAACGCAUUUGUUGUUCAAAGCGUUCGGAACGUGGACGGAUUGAGCUCCGCCGGGAACCGCCUUCUCCACAUCAACAGCCUUUUGAACCACAUUCCAGUUGGGACUCGCAUUAGUCCAGCUCGCUAACACAAUGAAAUAUUUCGGCGGAGUCGAAGGCGGAGCCACCCACUCCCGGCUGGUCAUCUGCGAUGAGAGCGGCCAAUCCGUGGGCGCCACCAGCGGCCUGGGCACCAAUCACUGGGGCAUCGGCAUUCCGGAGUGCGCCCGCCGCAUCGCGGACAUGGUGGAGCGGGCGAAGGAGGAGGCGGGCAUUCCCAAGGACACGCCCCUCACCAGUCUGGGACUGAGCCUCAGUGGCUGCGAGCAGGAGGCCACCAAUCGCGAGCUGGAGCAGGAGCUGCGCACCACGUUUCCGGACCUGGCCCAGAGCUAUGCCGUGUCCAGCGACACCAUGGGCAGCAUGUACACCGCCUCAUCCAUCGGAGGAAUGGUGCUUAUUUCAGGAACUGGAUCUAAUUGCCUGCUGCGAAACCCUGACGGCUCCACGUCCAAUUGCGGCGGUUGGGGCAACUUCCUCGGCGACGAGGGAAGCGCCUGGUACAUCUCGUAUCGCGCAGUGAAGGUGGUGUUCGACCACAUGGACAACUUUGAGAAGUCAGCAGCUCCCGUGGAGAAGACUUGGGCUCUGAUCAAGGAGCACUUUAGUCUGGAGACGCGCUUGGACAUGCUGCCGCACUGCUACGCCAAGUUCGACAAGCCCUUCUUCGCCAAUCUGUGCAAGAAGCUGUCGCAGAACGCCGAAAACGGAGACGAACUGGCGCGCGGCUUGUUUCGCGAGGCCGGCGUCCAUCUGGCCAGAAUGAUCCUUGCCCUGCUACCCAAUGUGCACCAGGAUUUGGUCAAGACCGGCGACCUAAGCGUAGUGUGCGUGGGAUCGGUGUGGUCCAGCUGGGAUCUACUGCAGGAGGCCUUCAUCAGUGAACUCUCCAAGACAAGCAUCGACUUCAACCUCAAGCUGGUGCGCAUCACCAAGAGCAGUGCCUACGGAGCCUGCUACCUGGGUGCGGAUAGUGCGGACUUCGAUCUUCCGAGAAACUAUGCCGACAACGUUACAGUCCUGUACACAUACACCGAUCCUCGAAAGAAUGCCAAGGCAACCAACGGCGUAGCUGCUAGUUGAAUCGUGGUAGACAACACAUUCCGAAAUACACUUCCCAAUUGCCAAAUUGACAAUAAAUAUUCCAGUUAGUGGUACGGAUAGGUAGUAUUAUAGCUUAUCGUGAAAUAAAUAAUGUUAUCUUUUGACAAAAUCCGCUGAAAA